UGCGUAUGUAUGUGUGUAUCUUUAAAACGACUUACAAAAACUCACAACAACAAAAAUCCAUCUCUGCUAAAACCGCCGGAGUUUCGUCGUUUCUCGUCAACUGACGUCAUCUUUCCGAUCACACCAACAACCCUAGCUAGCUCAUUCACUUUGUGGUGUGCAGCAGCAGUAUGGGGAAUGUAUCAACAAUUUUGAGGAGAAGAAGGAGAAAAGCAAAAGACGAGUUUGUAUUGAGGAGUUCAGGCAGUCUCAGCAUUCAUGGCUCUAACAAUUUGGCUUCUGUUUUCUCCAGGAGAGGCCAGAAGGGCCCCAACCAAGACCGCUGCAUUGUUUGGGAGGAAUUCGGAGGGGAAGAAGACAUGAUGUUUUGCGGGAUAUUUGAUGGGCAUGGUCCAUGGGGCCAUUUCGUGGCCAAGAAAGUGAGAGACUCGAUGCCUUGCGCUCUCCUCCGCAAUUGGCAACACGCGCUUCUCGAAGCUUCGGAUAAGAAGCAGAAGCUUCAUCACAUAUGGAACCACUCCUAUCUCAACACCUGUGCUGCCAUAGAUCAGGAGCUUCGCCACCAUCGCACCGUUGAUUCAUUCUACAGUGGAACCACUGCCUUGACCAUCGUUAGGCAGGGUGAUGCUAUAUUCAUAGCUAAUGUUGGAGACUGCCGCGCUGUGUUGGGCACCUCGUCUCAGAGCGGCAACUUGGUGGCGGAGCAGCUCACAAUCGACAUGAAGCCCAAUCUGCCUCAGGAGGCUGCGAGGAUCAGUGAGUGCAACGGGCGCGUGUACAGCCUGCAGGACGAGGCCGGGGUGCCCAGGCUGUGGCUGCCCGACGAGGAGUCCCCGGGGCUGGCCAUGUCGAGGGCCUUCGGGGACUACUGCGCCAAGGAUUUCGGGCUGACUUCUGUGCCUCACCUCACUCACAGGGACAUCACCAGUAAUGACCACUUUGUUGUCAUAGCAACGGAUGGGGUUUGGGAUGUUAUAUCGAAUGAAGAAGCAGUGGAGAUAGUAGCAGCAGCUGAUGAGAGGGAGAAAUGUGGGAAGCGGUUGGUGGAGUGCGCUGCUCGAGCGUGGAAGAGGAAGAGGAAGGGGAUUGCCAUGGAUGAUAUCUCUGCCAUUGUCAUUUUCUUCCAUUCUCACACUUUCUCUACCUAGCUUCCCUUUAAUUAUGCUACUCACUAUCACUCUCACUCUGUAUUAACGAAUAAAUUCACAUAUUCAUUAAGUUGUUUGGAGGGAUUGUAUUAGGUUUAA